AUGUCAGAUCCAGAAUUCAAGUGCCCUACCUGCCAGCAGUUCUUCUCCAGUAAAAAUCACCUCCGGCGACACGAGUCGUCGCCGACGCACUUCGGCGACAUUACAAGAGUUGCCCCCGGAUUGGAGCCCAACCCAAGCCCGGGCCGAGCAGGCCCGGCCGCCGACGCAAGGCAUGCGAUAGCUGCACCAGACAACGAAUCAAUUGCGAUGGAAGCGUUCGUUGCAGUGCCUGUCAAGCUAAUGGGGUUCCUUGUACUUAUCAACAUCGUGACACACUACUGCAUGACUCGCCGCAGUGCAACCAACCCGAACGAGCAAAACCCGGAGAAGACCUCUUUGCCAUUCUUACUGAAUUAUUCUGCGCCGGGAAACCGCAGUUCGAGAGAUGUUAAUCGCGUUCUCUCUCUGUUCUCGACUGCGGAAUGCAUGGAUGAAAGUCUGGAUUCCACCUUACCAAGUCUUGAUAUUGAAGCGAAUCAAGCGAGUCUCUUCUUAGAAGAUUCUUGGAGCCUGCUCUUUGGUUCUUUUCAGUAUGAUGGACACGCUCCACGCUCAUCACUGCCGCUAGGGCUGGAAGAUCUAAAUCAACGCCAGAUAAUUUCUGCCAGGAUGGUCGAGUGCAUUGUCAGAGCAAAGGCCCAAAAAGGCAACUUUGAAGCAGGCCCCUUUACUGGGAAUGCGCAAGAGUUCUUUGCAGAACACAAGAUAGGUGAGUAUAUCGAGGCGUACUUCGAGCGAAUAGUGCGCCCACGGUCUCGCGUCGUCUUGAAGUCUACUUUCAACCUGGGAACAGUCUCCACUCCUUUACUGCUGUGUAUAUUUCUGAUGGGCGCGGAUUGUGAUACGUCCUACAGCGCCAAGUUACAGGCGGUUGAAUAUGCGGAACUGACAGAAAGUGUGGUGUUCGAAAGCGCGGACUUCCAACGGCUUAUGUACAGAAAAGCGAAAGGUGGCUGGGCCUCGCUAGAGGAAAUCGAAAUUGAGCUGAUUCAAGCUGCGAUCCUUAUACUUCUGAUUCAAUUAUCGAGUCCUAACGGUGAAACGCGCCGUAGGACUCGGAUCCAGCGGCCAUUUUGUCACGAUGAGUUUCUCAAAAACGAGACUUGUAUCAGGAUGAUGUCUUCGAUUGCCAUGAUGGAUUGCCACUAUAUCAUGUUCUUCAACGACCCACCAAUUCUAUCAGCUCCGGAGUUAGGAUUUGACCUCCCAGCCGAAGAGAAAGGAAUGGACAUCCCGGACGCUAUAACAUGGGAGCUUUGGGCGAGAAAUGAGAGAAAGCAUCAACGACCGCCGCCAUUGAAUCUCUUCAUACAAGAGCUUCUAUUAGACAACUGGACGGGCUCGGAAGAUCAACGCUACAAAAACCUUAAUUUCUUCGCACUAUAUGUGGUGAUCUCUGCAUUCCAUCGCAUUAUUUUUGGACUCCGAACAAGUCUUUGCGAUAUGUCUGAUGCAAAAAGACAGAUUGACAGGGCUCUCUCCCGCUGGAUUAUUCUGUGGGAGGCUUUGGAACACAAAUCAAGCCAAGAUCAAAUCUAUCGAGCGGGAAUUAUGAUUCACGGGCAAGAUUUGUGUGCAUUCGCCAAGAUUCUGCUGCGUACGCCGUUGUCGGAAACGGGUGAUAUUGCCCAUGACUCGACGGCACAUAUCCACGAGCUCCUGAAGCGACGCCCCAAAUGA